AAUAUGCAACGAAAGUGAUUGCAAGGAUUAAAAAACCACUAUUUGGCUUAAUUUUUCAACAAUGCAACGUCUCAAGGCCGCAAAAUUUACAUUUUCGUUGGUAAAAAUUGAGAGCUGUCAAAUUUGACAAUUCAAAUUGCUAACCUCACAAGUUUUGUAAACAUGCUGUAAAUAAUCGUUCGUUUUUAUUUAUUAUCUGUAUAUAAGUAAUUUAAUUUAUUAAUCAAGUGGAAGUGUGGCUUUUUAGGUUAUUUAUUUAUUUAUAAUUAUGCUGAAUGACACUUUUGAUGAUUUUAAUUUCACAAAUUUCGCAAAUUCGGUGUCUCAACCCAAGAAUGGCGUUUCCUUCGACGACUCCCUCUUCCUCGACUCACAAGAACUCUCAAUUUUGCAAAACUCGGAUCAAGAAACGAAAAAAAUCGACGAUUAUUUCAGUUCGCCUCUAGUACCAACCUUACAGAACGAAAAGUAUAAUUCGAGCAUGGACAGUGACAUUUUCGGGUGUGAUUCCCCCAAAUCGGGACUUUUCGACUCGCCACGUGACCUGAACCCGGCCAAUGACACUCAAAGCCAAUCGAGUCUUUUCGACUCGCCACGUGACCUAAAACCGACCAAUGACGACUCGCCGUUGGCGGAACCCUCCCCAUUGCAAACACGUGACCUGGAACCGACCAAUGACAAUCAAGCAUUGGCAUCAUGGGGCCUCCCCGCCGCCAUUUUGGACAAAUACACGUCACGGAAGAUUACUAGGAUGUUCCCCUGGCAGGUAGAGUGUCUCAAUAACCCAAAAGUGUUGAAAAUGAAUAAAAAUUUGGUUUACUCGGCUCCCACCUCGGCCGGUAAAACUCUAGUCGCUGAGAUUUUAUCGAUCAAAACUGUGUUAGAAAGGUCAAAAAAAGUGAUUUUUAUCCUCCCUUUUGUGUCAGUGGUUCGGGAGAAGAUGUUUUAUUUUCAAGAUAUUUUUGGGGGGAGUGGGGUGCGUGUGGAGGGCUUCAUGGGGUCGUACAACCCCCCUGGGGGGUUCAAAUCGGUCCAGUUUGCCGUCUGUACCAUCGAGAAGGCCAACAGUCUCAUUAAUACGUUCCUCCAAGAUGGGAGUUUGGGGGAAAUUGGGGCUGUCGUCAUCGACGAAAUGCACCUCCUCGGGGAAUCCCACCGAGGCUACAUCCUUGAACUUUUGCUAACGAAACUCAAAUACAUGACCUUGAAAGAUGAAACAAUUGAAAUACAAAUAAUCGGCAUGAGUGCCACUCUCCCUAACCUCAAAACCCUCGCUGAUUGGCUAGACGCCGAACUGUACGUCACCGACUUCCGACCAAUCCCCUUACACGAACAAGUGUUGCUAGGCGACACACUCUACGACACGAAAUUCUCAUUGGUGCGCCGCUUGGAGCCCCUCCCCCACCCCGACACCGACCACAUCCUCCAAUUGUGUCUCGAGACGAUCACAGCCAACUGUUCCGUCUUGAUUUUCUGUCCGACGAAAAACUGGUGCGAGAAUUUAGCCACGCAGAUAGCACAAGCGUUCUAUACUUUGGGGCGGGGCGACACAAACCACGCCCUCCAUAAACAAUUAAACGCCGAGGCGAUUGCCGAGCUAUUGACACAACUAUCGCUCAGUCCGAUUGGUUUGGACGAUGUUUUACGCAAAACUGUGUCUUUUGGGGUGGCGUUUCACCACGCCGGCUUGACCAUGGAUGAGCGUGAUAUAAUCGAGGGCGGGUUUAGGGGCGGAGUUAUCCGAGUUUUGGUAGCUACAUCGACGCUUUCGUCGGGGGUUAAUCUACCGGCACGACGGGUGAUUAUACGCACGCCCAUGUUCCAUGGGAGACCCAUCGAUGGGUUGAGUUACCGGCAAAUGGUCGGAAGGGCGGGGCGUAUGGGUAAGGAUACAUCCGGUGAAAGUAUACUAGUGUGUCAAAAAAGUGACGAAAAAUUCGUUAGAAAAUUAUUCGAGGAGGAGUUGGACCCGAUUGUCAGUUGUUUGGAACAAGAUGGACGAUUAAGACGCGCCAUCUUGGAAAUAGUAGCAAGUGGAGUAGCCACCACCCCUGAUGAUGUUCAUUUAUUUGCAAAAUGUACCCUUUUGGGUCACACUAGUGUUGAGGAGGCUUUGGAUUUUUUGACAACCAAUGAGUUUCUUCGUCUUGGUGAUCAGAAAUAUACACCAAGUGGGCUUGGCAAAGCCUGCUUGACUUCGUCAAUACCACCCGAAGAUGGUCUUGCCCUUUUCGCAGAAUUGGACAAGGCACGACAGUGUUUUGUUUUGGAUACUGAACUCCAUUUGGUUUAUUUGGUCACUCCGUAUAGUGCGUGUCACCAAUGGGGCCAUCUUGAUUGGAUGAAUUAUUUGCAAAUAUGGGAGAAGCUCCCCUCCAGUAUGCGAAAGGUGGGGGAAUUGGUGGGGGUAAGAGAGAGUUAUAUAGUUGCAGGAACGCGUGGUAACCCCCAAACUAGUACCUCGCAACUCUAUCAAAAGCUCCAAGUGCACAAAAGAUUCUAUAUAGCACUAGCACUCCAAGACUUGGUUAAUGAGCGCCCCCUGUCGGCGGUUUGUGCCAAAUUCGGUUGUAACCGCGGUUUGUUACAAAUGUUACAAUUGACAGCCGCCACCUUUGCCGGUAUGGUAACCUCCUUCAGUCGACAAUUGGGUUGGUCGAAUGUCGAAAUCCUCAUUUCGCAAUUCCAAGAUCGCCUCCAUUUUGGUGUAUCACGUGACCUACUUGAUUUGAUGCGUUUGCCUCUGCUUAAUGGACGCAGCGCACGAGCUUUAUACAAUUCCGGUCUUGAAACACUCAUCCAAAUCGCCAACUCGGAUGUGGACACAAUCGAAUCGAUUUUCCUCAAAGUGGUACCAUUCGAAAGUACCAAAUUGAGGGAGGGGGAAACUGAGCAUGCGCUGAGACGGCGCAACAAAUUUCGCAACAUUUGGAUCACGGGAAAAGAGGGCUUGACUGAGGGACAAGCCGCUGAGUUGAUUUUGAGGAGUGCGCGGGAGUUUUUGAGGAUCGAAAUGGGACUCAAAGAGGCGAAAUGGGGCCCAAUCAAGUCUGAGAUUAGUUUGAAUUCAACAGGAGACUUCAUAGUGGCCUCACAGGACGAAAGCGUGUCUUUCAAAACCCCCAAAAAGAGGGGGCGACGUCGUGGAAGCGGGGAAACCCCCGUUAAGAAACCUCGGAUGUCAUUUGACCUUGAAACAGUCGAUGUGUGUAGUCAUGACCGCCUCUUCGGCUCGUUUACUCAAGAAGUCAAAAGUGCUACAAUUGUGUCACUCGCCCUCGUCUCGUGUGUUAAAACUCGACGAGUGAUUGGUUUGAGUGACACUGGGGUUACAAUUGAGGGGUUUGCCCUCUUUUGGGGCGGCUCCACCACCUACUAUCUCGAUAUGAAUAAAAAACGUGAAACUAUAGACGUGAUCCGCCAUAUUGUCAAUGAUAAACAAAAAACGAUCAUUAUGUGCGACUGCAAAGAACAAAUCAAAGUGUUACAAAAGUGGUGUGGGGUGGAGUUUGGGUCACGUGUCGAAGACCCGAAAGUCGCUGAUUGGUUGUUGGAACCUGAGGGGCGUGAAAAAAACCUACAAGAGUUGGUUCAAGUUUAUUGCCCGGAUUUGGGCCCAAUGUUAGUAAAGCCGGUCCUGGAACCGAAAUUACGCUCAAUUUUUGAGUGUUAUCUCAGUUGGCAAAUUGUGAAAAGUGUCAAAACUCAACUGUCAGAAAUUAAUCUUUUGACAGUUUUUGACCUUGAAAUGUCAAUUUUGCGCAUUUUGGCCAAUAUGGAGUUGGCUGGGAUUGGGGUCAAUAAACCCGCUCUAAGUAAUCUAGUCGACUUACUCACACGUGAACAAAAGACUAUCGAGCGUCAAGGUCACGCUCUCGCCGGCCGCCAUUUUUCCUUCGCUUCGUCUAAACAACUGUCAAAAAUCCUCCAAUCAGACACUGGGAAAAAAAGUUUGCAAAAAAAUGCCAAUCCACUCGCUGACUUGAUCCUCAAAUGGCGUAAAAUCAGUGCUGCCACUAGUAAAACCUUGCAACCGCUCAUUCGAUUGGUGGAAAAUGGCCGAAUUUUCGGUUGUUAUGUUACCCACACUGCGACAGGUCGGAUCAGUAUGCACGAACCGAAUUUACAAAAUGUCGCAAAAAAUUUUGACAUUUCCGGUAUUGAGGUUAGUUGUCGACAGGCAUUUGUUCCAAACGAUGGUCACGUGAUGGUUUCGGCCGAUUUCUGCCAAUUGGAAUUGAGGAUUUUGGCGCACUUGUCACGUGAUGAGGUCUUGUGUCAGAUUUUGAGGAGGGAGGGCGACAUCUUUCGGGCCGUGGCGGCGAAAUGGAACGGAAUGUCAGAAAUUGAGGUCACAGAAGAGUUGCGUCAACGGGCAAAACAAAUUUGUUAUGGGAUUAUAUACGGGAUGGGGAGCAAGGCGUUAGCCGAGCAAUUGAGCAUUGAAGAGUCACAGGCGACUAGAUUUAUGCAAUCAUUUCGAAAUGCCUACCCAGGGGUCCAAAAAUACGUCACUGAGGUGGUGGAGACUUGUCGUAAAAAAGGUUUUGUUGAAACUUUGGCCGGUAGGAGGCGCUUUUUGCCGCACAUUAACCACAAAAAUGGCGCUGUUAGAAGUCAAGCCGAACGUCAAGCUGUCAAUACCACAAUCCAAGGUUCUGCUGCUGAUAUAGUGAAGAGGACGAUGAUAAGGCUUGAAACGGUGUUUUUAGGGGAAAAACAAGUCAAGUUGGUAUUACAUCUUCACGAUGAGUUGCUAUACGAAGUACCGGAAGCGAGUCUAGGGAAUUUUGUUCGAAUUUUAAAGAAGGAAAUGGAGGAAAGUGUCAAAUUGUCAAUUCCGUUUCCGGUGAAGGUCAAGACUGGGCCCAAUUGGGGGCAAUUGACUGAAUAUAAAUUGUAACUGAGGCACUCUGUAUAUUUUUGGUAUUAAAUUGAUGCGAUUUUUAA